AUGGAGCCGGCGUCGGUGAGGACCAAAGUCCCCUCCUUCCUGUCCGACCUGGGGAAGGCCACGCUCCGGGGCAUCCGGAAAUGUCCCCGCUGCGGCACUUACAACGGCACCCGAGGCCUGAGCUGCAAGAACAAGAACUGCGGGACCGUCUUCCGCUACGGCACGCGCAAGCAGCCCAGCGUCGACGCCGUCAAGAUCAUCACCGGCUCCGACUUACAGGUUUAUUCGGUGCGGCAGAGGGACCGGGGCCCGGAUUACCGGUGCUUUGUGGAGCUGGGGGUCUCGGAGACGGCCAUCCAGACGGUGGACGGGACCAUCAUCACGCAGCUCAGCUCUGGCCGCUGCUACGUGCCGUCGUGUCUGAAAGCGGCCACGCAAGGCGUGGUGGAGAACCAGUGCCAGCACGUCAAGCUGGCCCUGAACUGCCAGACGGAGGCCACCCCGCUCACCCUGAAAAGCUCGGUGCUCAACUCCAUGCAGGCUUCGCCCGAGACCAAACAGACCAUAUGGCAGCUGGCGACCGAGCCCACGGGGCCGCUGGUGCAGCGGAUCACCAAGAACGUCCUGGUGGUGAAGUGCAAGGCCAGCCAGAAGCACAGCCUCGGCUACCUGCACGCCUCCUUCGCCCAGAAGAUG